AUGGCGCGUCCAGCUGAGUCUGCGGGCAGCAACAACGCUGCAGCUGCUGCUCCUCAGCAGCAGCAGACGCUGCAGCAUCAGCAGCUGUCGCGCGAAGGCUUGAACUCUGAAGGGUCUGUCGGCUCUACAGCUUCUCCUUCUUCUGGAGAGACUGAGCGCUGCGCAAGCAGCCCCAAAACGGGAAAGGUGAAGUACAGGUCUAUUUCCUCUUCUGAUGUGGGGGACAGAGGCGUUGCUGCAAGCGACUCUGGCGUGGAUGAGGAGGUGCUGUUGAUAAGGCCGAAGCUUCGAGGGACAAUUCAUUUGGGGCUUUUUCUCAUGGCCCCUGUUUGGGUGGCUUUGCUUUUGAGUGCAUGCAAACGCCUUAUCAGUGUGUUUGCUGCUUCCAUCAGCUGUCUCUCUUUCCUUACGAACUUCGCUGCAAGUGCGCUGCUGCACAGCGGAAGCUGGGGGCCGCAGAGGCGUUCCCUUAUUGUUAAACUUGAUCAUGCAGGCAUCUUCGUGGUCAUCAGCAGUUGCACAACUCCCAUUCCGUUGCUGCUGUUCGACUUCUGGCCCUCUGUGCUUCUGCUAGCCGUUCAGGGCCUUGCAACAUUGUAUGGGUUUUGGACAAUAAUGUUUGGAGAUUUAUCUUCAGGGGCGCGUCUGCGUCGUGCGUACACAUACAUCGGAAUCGGGUUGCUGCAUGCGGCGUUUUUGAAGUCGUAUGUUUCUGUAUUGACAGCGAAGGAAGUGGCGCUGGUGAUCUCCCUUGCAGCAUUUUAUAUUGUCGGGGCUUUGGUUUACGGCAGCCGCUGGCCAGACCCCUUCCCCGCUUUUUUCGGCUUCCACGAACUCUUCCACCUCUGCUGUUGCAUCAGCUUUUGCCUUACGCUGUGGCUCAACUACGAGGUCAUCACUAGGGCAGAGGCCGCAACAGCAGAAGCUGCAGCAGCGGCAGCAGCAGCGGCAGCAGCAGCGGCGGCAGCAGCUUGA